CGCCCGGUUCUCUUCAGUCUGUUUCAGGAUAUAAAACGAAUGCACGGAUCUACAAACAUCCUUCGCUGUUUGUGCAGUAGCACUCAAGAGUUUGCCACUCUGUCAGUCAAACAAAGCUCACUGAAGCGUGCUGAGAGCCAUUCGAGAACGACAUUAGGAAGUCGCAUGCGCAUAUCUGAACACUUGUGGUCGUGCAGGAAGCAGAUGGACUGGUUUGUCUGUGAGAGAUCUGUCUAGUCAAACACUGACACUCCCUCUACCCAGACACGUGCUUGGAGUUUAGGUAACACUAAAAAAAAGACAAUGUUUAGACACGUCCCACUGGGGGAGGGUAGGGUUCAGUCUCUCCUCAUGUUCACCCGGCUUCUGUCUGUGGACCUGCAGCCCUUGCAUCACUGGAAGCUCUUUAGAUGUCUGAGGCCACAUCCUGUCUUCUCUAGUUUCUGGUUCCCAGCAGCGAUGGUGCACUACAACUCUUAAAUGAAACAUCAAGUGACACUGUAUUUUUAAUGUCUCUUCUAAGUGUGAAGAUGGAGGGUGUUUUGGAAGUUGUGCUCCGUCUGUGUGUGUGCAAACUGAUGAGCAGUGUGGUGCUGUGUUCAUCUGUAGUCACGCACACCAUCACUGCAGUCAGUCUGUGCUGUAGCUGCCUGCUGUUAUUUACAGACCUUGCGGUCACCUUGUUUCUUCUCUACCUCUGGUUCAUGGAGUCCUGGCUGACGCCUUUUUAUGUGUCUUCGGACGUCAUCGCCCUUCGAUUCCUGCUUUUCCUUUGCCAGGCCUAUGGAGUUGUGUUGCUGCUGAUGCCGCCUUUGAUUGCUGUGGAGUUGUUGGUUGAUCUCCUGCAUUCUCAAGACGGACAAACAAAGAGACGAGAUGCAAGAGAACAAGAUGCGAGCGAAUCCCUUUCUAGUUCAAUUGGCUAUUUCGGAUGUCUUCUAGCAUGGAGCUUGAGCGGGAUCUACAGCAGCCACGACUGGACGCUGGAGCACAUCGCAGUGGAAACCUGUCGGGAAAAAGGUGGCCAUCUUCUCGCCUGCCUUCCUCACGCUGAUGAGUUUUCCUUGGUUCUUCCUGCUAUGGUGGUCCUGUUGAGCUUGACAGGGAGCCUAGGGCUAUUCAGGACGAAGGCGUCCCGAAGACAAUCUGACUCAUUUGAAAACACACAGAUUGUCCCCGGGCUAAUGCAUAUGUCAUCAACUCUGGUUGACUCAGAAAAAACACCAGACAGCUGUGACGUUCACAUGGCUGGGUUUGUGUACGAUGAGCCACGAUGGCUCUGUCCUGGGAAUGGUGGUGUCCUGUGCGCUCAACAAACCGGUUUGGCAGAUAAUAUCGAGAAACAAAAGCAAUCAUUCAGCCAUGCAACAUUUGCACAGUCCAAAAUUGAUCUUCUUCUGGAUGUCACGUUAGUGGAGGUCAAAACAGGGCAACGUGUUUUUAACAGGACAGACCUAAAGUCUCAAAGCAGACGCUGUCGGUUUCCCAAAAGGGAAAGUCCCUGCUGGGGGCGAGAAAUCUUCACAGGGUUGGUAUGCGUGGUUAUGGUCUGUGUUUUUCCCACAGUCGUCAGUAGUAAUAUUCUCUUAAUCUUUAACCUGGAGAAUUUGGUGGCGUAUAGCUUGAAACUCUUAUCUCUUUCAGCCAACAGAGCGCCAGAUUUGUAAGCGCAGAUACAUGCGUGUGUAUAA